AUGGCUGCCUUUGAUUCUCCAGCACCACGAGACCUUGGUCGUGAAAAGGAUCACACUUUAGACCAGCAACAACACUCAACAGCACGCGAAAUAAACUUCAACGAUGUCGAAGCUCAAAAUUUGAACAAAGAAGCCGAGAAAGGCCCCCUAGAAGCCGACGACACUCCUACACCAGACCCAAACAUCGUCGACUGGGACGGUCCAGACGAUCCUGCGACCCCGCGCAACUGGUCCAAUCGCUACAAAUUAACAAACGUUGUAGUCGUCAGUCUAUCAGUCCUCUACACCAACCUCGCAACUACCAUGUUCGCCCCCGGCGCUGCUAUAAUGCAGCGAGAAUUCGGGUACAAGAGCAGUACAGUCGAAGUCAUGACCAUUACCAUAGCAUCACUUGGCUUCGCCCUUGGACAAUUGUUUGUACCGCCCAUGUCUGAGGUCUUUGGCCGUAUGCCUAUUUAUCGCGCGAGCUCUAUCUUCUAUCUUGGUUUCACGGCUGGUUGUGCGCGCAGCACCAAUGUUACUGAGUUCUUGGUCUUUCGGUUGUUGACUGGCAUGGCGGCGGCGUCGUAUAUGUCGACUGGUGGUGGUACGGUUGCUGAUCUUUUGCCCAAGGAGGAGAGGGGCGUUGCUAUGGCUAUUUUCACUGCCGGGCCGCUGGUUGGGCCUGUUCUGGGCCCCAUUGUCGGAGGAUUUGUUGUUGAGAACUUGGGAUGGAGAUGGUGCUUCUACCUCAUCUUGAUGAUUGCCGGCGCAGUAACCUUCGUUACCUUUGCGUUUAUACACGAGACGAGCGCUGUCAACAUCCUCAAGUCUAAAGCCGCUCGACUUCGCAAAGAAACGGGUAACCCGAACCUACGCGCAGAAGGAGACAAACAAACGCCCGUUAAGCAACUUGUCCUACAUGCCCUGACCCGUCCGAUGAAGUUCCUAUUCACAUCCCCCAUCGUCGCUUUGAUCGCCCUCUAUAUCGCCUUCAACUUUGGCGUGACCAUGCUCCUCUUCGCCACGUUCCCGACUGUUUACGAAAACACCUAUCACUGGAGCGUCAGUAUCUCCGGUCUGGCAUAUGUCGGCGUCGGUAUCGGGUGCGCUAUAGGUGUCAUCACAUUCGCUAAGCUCAGUGAUCGUCUAUUAAAUGCAAAGGAGGGACAAUAUCGUGCAGAACGACGUCUGAUCAUGAUGAUGUUUGUCUCUCCACUGUCCCCAAUCGGUUUGUUUAUUUAUGGCUGGACCACCGAGUACAAGGUACACUGGGUUGUGCCCAUUAUUGGCACAGCAAUCUGCGGACCUGGAGCCGUAAUAAUCAAUUCGUCAUCGCAGACGUACAUCAUCGACAUCUUUGGACCUCAAGCAGCGGCCUCUGCGCUCGCUGCUAUUACGCUUCUUCGCAAUUUGAUGGGAGCCUUUCUGCCCCUUGCCGCCCCGACAAUGUACAAGAACCUGGGUAUGGGCUGGGGAAAUAGUGUGUUGGCUUUUAUCACGAUGGCGUUUAUACCUGUUCCGAUUUUCUUUUACUUUCGUGGUGAAGCUAUUCGGAAAAGGUUCCCUGUCGAAAUUUAA